AUGGUGAAAUAUAUUUAUGAUCAUCCUCCAGGUCUUCCUAGAGUUGCUACCUCUGUUCAGGAUUAUUACGAUACUUCUCUAAACACAAUUGAAUGGAGAAUUUCAAAUCUUAAUGUGGUCCCAGGUGAUCGAUUCUUUGUCUUUUGGUUCAUGUUGUCCUCAUAUUUCCCCCUCAUAUCAGGCUGUAUAGGACCGUUAUCCAAUAUGAUGUCGCUCUUCGCUAUCGCUUGUGCCUGGAAGACAAAAGAAGAUGACUCUUCUGAUGAAAUCUACUCUGAGUCACCUGACGAAUAUUGGGUCUACUUGCUCAAUGGUAUAUCUGUUUUACUGGCCCUCAUAUCCAACUUCUUCUUGAUUCUAAACUUUAGAAAGAAGGUCAGGUACACUGUUUCUCAGGUGGUCAGUGUUAGUGGUUGGUUUCUAGGAAGUGUUAUCCUUAUGGCUUUGGUUAUAGCGUACCACGCAUUCUUUUAUCAGAAUCAUCUUGACGACGAUUAUAUUCUUGGUUAUGGCUUCUAUUUCGCCAUUGUUACCGUCUGUCUUCAUUUCUUGAACUUUGUGCUUCUUUUCUUGAACGAAAUGGGCUUUUUGUUGAAGAAGUACCAACCCGUUUUCAACAUUAAUGAUGUCCAAAAAAGCUUGAUUUUUCAAUCUUUAGCUUUGUCAAUUUGGUUGAUAACUGGUUCCGCUAUGUGCAUGAAGUUGUUCGAUGCCUCCUUUGGUUUCAGUCUAUAUUACUGUAUCAUAUCCAUUGUCACCAUUGGUGAACAGCAGGAUGUUCCUGCAAACUCCACGGCCGAAGGUUUGACUACUGUCUGGAUCCUUAUUGGUCUUGUUGUCUUUGGUUUGAUUGUUGCCAGUGUCUUUGAUACCGUAAUCGACUUCUCUCGCUCAACUUUGUACUGGCAUCGUCUCGCAACCACUAAAAGAGUUCAACUUGAAUUGAAAAGGGGCACCAUAGUAGGAAAUCAAGAGGCUUAUCAGUUCAUGAGAGGGGUCGAUGAUAUGGCUGACAUUUCGCAAAAGAUACAUUCUUUAGUUACCUCUUCGAUCGUGUUUUCCGUCAUUUUUCUCUUCGGUGCGCUUGGUUUCUGUCUCAUCGAACAUUGGUCAUACAGUAAGGCGUGCUAUUUUUGCUUUUGCUGUUUGAUGACUCUUGGUUGCGGUGGUCUUAUUCCAGUCACUGUUGGUGGUCGGGUCCUUUUCUGCGUUUGGGCUCUAGCCUCCAUUCCUUCCAUGACUACAUUAGUCUCCAGUCUCAGCGGUUUGAUCUUCAGUAGAUUGAAGAAAAUCAAUGACAUCGACAUGUAUGAUAUAUUCUUCAACAUUACCAAUAACCAUCAUCAUUUCAAGCUUAUUGCAAAAUUGUUUAGGGCUAAGAAGGACUCUAUUGAUUUGGACGAUUUGGAUGUUCUUAUGCAUGAAACGGAUGUUUCUAUUUCAAAGCUGUCUGAGAAGAAGGAGUCCUCCAGUCGUGGUUUACCUGCUUCGACGGAUGACUUCAAUGAGGUCGAUGUUGUGUCAUCUAAAGUGCCCAUUAAGUCGGUCUACGCUGCUGUGCCACUUCCCACCCAUCCUGUUGAUACCUUGUACUCGUUUAUUUUUAACAACAAUAAGCUUUCGAGCUUGGAAUUUAUCAAUAGUCCCCAAUUCAUUGAUAGAGUGACCAUGUCCACACAUCUAUCCAAUUACAUUCGUGAAGGUUGCGAAGUGGUAAGAUACGAUAAAGGUCGUAUUCAAAGUGCCAGGGAGAAUUUACUGAAGGCAUUUAAUUUUCUCGAUAGUAGCUUCGAUGAACAGACUUUCCUUAGGAACUACGAACUUACAGAAGGGUUCGAUGCUGUGGAACCAGAUGUUGAUACAAACACUUCAAAGAACGUUCUUAAAUUACCAAAUGGUAUCAUUCAAACAAUGUUUCACAAAAAGAACGAUUUCGUCUUGAAAAACCUUUCUUCGUUUCAGAUCUUGCUGUCUGAAUUGAAAAAGGCCAUGCUAUUAAUGUGUCUCAAACCGGAGUUCCAGUACACUUUUGAGGACUGGGACCGUUUCUUACAGUUGACGCAAAACUCUGACUAUCUCGAAGAUAAUGAAAAUGGGCAGUUCUGGAUCGGAGAUAGGUCGCCAUUGGGGUAUCCUAACCUUGAGCCUCAGUACUUUGCAAUGACAUACUUGCGACAUCUCGAAUCAAAACUGCACCGAUUUGCAUGGGAUUACGACAUGGAUAAUUAUAAACCUAAUGAGAAACCAAUAGAUGUUGCAAAGGUCAAUCAUCAAUGA